UAUUGAUUUAUAAGUGAAACAGGUUUCAUAUUAUAAUUUACAUUCUCGUCAAACAUCUGUUUCGAAGGAUAGAAAAUUUAUUACAAUACAUUAAGUCAUAUUUUCAAACUAAAGAAGUAGUCAGUUUUGGAUAAAAGCUUGGAGUUCCAGUAUAGUACACAUUGGCGCUUAAUCUGAUACUAAAGCAAUGCAAAACGACACCGGAAGUUAUAUCUUAGCGACAGGUGGCGCUGGGUAUGUGGGUUCUCAUACAGUGGUAGAAUUGCUGAAAGCUGGCUACAAAGUUAUUGUGAUUGACAACCUUGCAAACGCUAAUAUGGAGAGUGUGAGACGUGUUGAAGAACUUACAGGAAAAGAAGUCCCGUCAUAUGCAGUGGACUUGCUGAACGCAGACGCUCUGAGAAAUGUUUUUGAAAAGCAUAACAUUUCUUGUGUAAUACAUUUCGCUGGUUAUAAGGCCGUGGGAGAGUCCUGUGAAAAACCGUUAUUGUACUACAAAAACAAUGUUGCUGGAACUGUGAAUCUUUUACAGGUAAUGAAAGAAUUCAAAGUGUUUAACAUGAUUUUCUCGAGCUCAACAACGGUGUACGGUGUACCAGAAUAUUUACCAUUUGAUGAGAAUCACAAAACCGGAAAUUGUUCUAAUCCAUAUGGCCGAUCGAAAUUCAUGAUUGAAGAAAUAAUGAAAGACCUUAGUACCGCUGAAAAGGAAUGGAAUAUAAUACUUCUCAGAUAUUUCAACCCCGUAGGAGCACACGAGUCUGGAAGAAUUGGCGAAGACCCACUAGGUACUCCAAGGAAUCUAUUACCAUAUGUUGCUCAAGUCGCCGUCGGUAAAUUGAAGGAGCUCAAGAUUUACGGAAAUGAUUGGGAUACCCCCGACGGAACGUGUUUAAGAGACUAUAUACAUGUAGUAGAUCUGGCAAAGGGGCACGUUUCAGCAUUACGACUAAUAGAGACUAACUGCGGAUUAAAGAUUUAUAACUUAGGCACUGGGACACCAUUUUCCGUUUUAGAUAUUGUCCAUGCAUUUGAAAAGGCGUCUGGAAAGAAAAUUCCGUACGAAUUUGUAGAACGGCGUGCAGGAGAUCUAGCAUCCACUUAUUGCGAACGAUCUUUAGCUGCUGCAGAAUUAGGAUGGACAGCUCAAUAUGGCCUUGACAAAAUAUGUGUUGACAUGUGGAAAUGGCAGUCAGAAAAUCCCAGUGGUUACACGAAAACAAAACAAGUUUAGAGAAAUAAAGUAUAACCUGAUGUAGGAUUUAGUACUAAUAAACCUUUUCAACAAUCCAUAGAAACAACAAAAAAGAUAUAAACUGAUGAAUUGAUCAACAUUAUAACAUGAUUUUUAUGUUUGCUGCAUGAACAAUAAAAUCAGUUCUCUUAUAUCAAAGUAGUUAAAUAUAACGAUACAUGG